CUUUGAAUUCUUCUGCCUUUAUGAGAUUGUGUGUUUGUAAGCGGACUGUGUGGAAAUAUUAUCAGAUGUUAUAAGCAGAUAGCACGUUUGACAGGAUGACUUUAUUGUAUUCGAGAUGUAAUCAGGGUUAAUCCCCCUGUGUGUGUGUGCGCGCGCGCGCGCGGAUCUAUUCACAGCUCUAACUGACUGCUCCCUUCUCAUCAUCCACUCCGGAUUUAGCCGGCGAGGAGAAAACGAACAGCUGCUGCAAACGUUUUUAACACGGGUUUGUUUUGAGUACAGGGGAGUUUCUGAUGCCGUCAACCGGGAGAGGAUCGUUACCUGUCCGCAGAGAAUAGAAACCAUGGCCGAAGACUACUGGGAGUGCACGGCGUCGGUGGGAUAUUAGUAUUUACAAGGACACAGGAAUCUCACUUCCACCCCUGGGGGCGACUGCCCCAACAGUGGCUGCCCCUUCCUCUUCAUCGUCUCAGCCCCCCCUGCCCCCUCUGAUGGAGCGAGUGAGGAAGAUCAAGCGGCAGCUGUCCAUGACGCUGCGGGGGGGCAAUACUGGAGACAAGAACAUGACGGAGAGCAUCAGCUCUCAGGACACAGGAGCACACAGUGACUCUGAGGCCAUGCCAGGCGGGGGUAAUGCCACUCUGCGUGGUUCAGUGAGAGGAGCAGGCGGCUCAUUCAGCAUGCACUCGCUCCUACAGUCCUACAGCAGCGCUCUGCACCGGCCACGCAGCCUGGGCCGCAGCCUCAGCUCCUAUCUCAACCACACCACGCGCCUCGAGAUCGUCCACGAGGACGUGAAGAUGGGCUCCGACGGAGAAAGCGACCAGGCAUCGGCCACAUCCUCCGACGAGGUUCACAGCCCGGUCCGCGUGAGGAUGCGCAACAACGCAGGCCGCAAAAUUUCCACUGAGGACAUAAAUAAGAGGCUGUCUCUGCCGGCUGACAUUCGUCUUCCAGACGGCUACCUGGAGAAGUUCAGUCUAAACAGCCCGCUGUUCGAUAAACCACUGAGUAGACGACUGCGUAGAGUCUCUCUGUCAGAAAUUGGUUUUGGGAAGCUGGAAACUUAUGUGAAACUGGAUAAACUAGGAGAGGGAACAUACGCCACGGUGUAUAAAGGUCGCAGUAAGCUAACCGAUAACCUCGUGGCUCUCAAGGAGAUCCGUCUGGAACAUGAGGAGGGAGCUCCCUGCACUGCCAUCAGAGAGGUUUCCCUGCUGAAGGAUCUCAAACAUGCCAACAUUGUGACUCUGCAUGACAUCAUCCACACCCAGAAGUCUCUGACGCUCGUGUUCGAAUACCUAGAUAAAGACCUGAAACAGUAUCUGGAUGACUGCGGGAACUGCAUCCACAUGCACAACGUGAAGCUCUUCUUGUUCCAGCUUUUGCGAGGACUGAACUACUGUCACAGACGCAAAGUCCUCCAUCGAGACCUCAAACCCCAGAAUCUCCUCAUCAAUGACCGCGGGGAGCUCAAACUGGCUGACUUCGGUCUGGCUCGAGCCAAGUCGAUUCCCACCAAGACUUACUCGAACGAAGUGGUGACUCUGUGGUAUCGCCCACCGGACAUCCUAUUGGGCAGCACGGAUUACUCCACCCAGAUCGACAUGUGGGGCGUCGGAUGUAUCUUCUACGAGAUGGCUACGGGUCGGCCGCUGUUCCCCGGAUCCACGGUGGAGGAGGAGCUGCACUUUAUCUUCAAACUGCUAGGGACACCUACAGAAGAAACCUGGCCUGGAAUAACCUCCAAUGAAGAAUUCAUCUCCUACAACUACCCCCGUUACCGUGCCGACUGCCUACACAACCACACCCCUCGGCUGGACAAUGAUGGAGUAGACCUCCUGUCCAAACUGCUGCAGUUUGAAGGAAAGAAGCGCAUAUCUGCAGAGGAAGCGAUGAGACACUCAUAUUUUCAUUGUCUGGGAGAGAGAGUUCUCACACUGCCUGACACUACAUCCAUAUUUGCACUUCAAGACAUUCAGCUGGAGAAGGAGACGACCAUGAGGACAACAAGCUCGAUGUCCGACUCCGUGAACAGCAUAUCUCAGCGACAGAGUCUGCUCUUCUGAUCGGCUCGAGGCCCGACCAUGCCGAAAGAAAGAAGAAAGGACGACGAACAGAGAGAUGUCUGUGUGCAUUAUGAUGAAGGGAUCCCUGUUUGUUUUCUUUUCACUUCUCCGAGUCGUUGCUGUCACACGACAUUGUUUUAAGGAAGGAAAGUAAAGGUGUGGGGUUACUAGAUGUUUACAUGGGAAGAUGAGAAUCAUAUUUGUGUUGUAUUUUUUUUUUUUUUUUUGUAUUUAUAGCAUUUGUGUCAUGAUUCUGCACUCCGUCUGCAUGUACCUAUAAGCCAUGUUCUCUUCCCGCUCACCUACAGUCGUAUCACGACAAGAUAAAAGAAAAACGAAGCGGCUGCACGUCCGGUCGAAUUUGACCUCACUGUAAUUGAUUAGAUUUUUUGUUUUUUUUUGUUUUUGUUAUUUCUUUUGAAUUCGUUACUAGAACCACUAAUGAUGAAGCGAACGGCUAAUAAUAAUAAUAUCCUUGGCUUCAGAUCUCUGACUGUUGAACAGGAUUGAAUACUGUUAUGCAUUCAAGCCUUUGUUUUAGUCUUCCUCCUUAGCCCCUCGCGCGCACACACACACACACACGCGCACACAGACAAUUAAACCACGGCAUGAUUUUUACCAAAGAUGUUUCCCUCCUUUAAAUCAUUCGAGCUUCCACCUUUUGCCCGCACGUCCCCCAUCGCCUCUGUAUUUUUACCCUCACAGCCAUCUGCCACUUCCUGUUUUGUUUGUUUUUUCCCUUAAAUGAGAAUCGAAUUGUUUGUUCACUUUUAUUAGUGAGGCAGAAUCCAGGUUUGUCUCAGAGCCUCAGCUGUGGCUUUCUGAAACAUCUCAGUCCUGGCAUUUCAACUCACAACUUUCUCAGCAAGGACACAGAACUUUUGUAAAAAUAAAAAUAAUAAUUACGUUUUCUAGAGUGGAUAUUAGCUCCGCCCCUUCAGCUGAAAUAGAGAUUCUCAGCCACACCCCUUUUUAUGAACCUUAUGUAAUGCGUUAGGGGGGAAAAGUCUAUAAGUUACAGUACUCAUGUGUUUUUAACAACCCUUUAAUAUACUACGUCGAACCUACAACCGCUGUUUCUUCUCCGACACGGUUCCAGAUCAAACCCGUAGAGUUCUACGUGCAGUUUCCUCAGAGAACGUGGAGCCUGAAAUCCCUUUCACACUAAAGACAGGCUCUAAACGUAACAAACGGCUGCUUUAAGUUUCAGUCCAGGCCAGAUUAUUGUUUAGAGGAUGAUGAUCCAUUUGCUUUAAAUCUGAGCUGAAUAAAAAGAAUGAAAUUGCAGUUCAAAUUCACCAGAUUAGAAAAGUGAAAUUGAACAAAAAAAUUGGUGCCUCCCCACUGAAAAGGUGUCUCUGUGUGUGUGUGUGUGUGUGUGUGUGUGUGUGUGUGUGUGUGUGUGUGUGUGUGUGUGUGUGCGCGCGCGUGUGUCUUAGUGUGCGUGCCUCUGUGUGUGUGUGUGAGUAGAAUGCAUGACACCACUGGGUCUGAAGGUCAAGGUCGAUUUGUUGUUGUUAUUAAUAAUGUUAUAUGAUGUUUUCUCAAAGCUUUAGUUCGUCAUUCCCCUUCACCUUCGAAGGUGUGUGUGUGUGUGUGUGUGUGUGUGUGUGUGUGUGUGUGUGUGUGUGUGUGUGAGAAUAACAGAGAAGAGCAGUGAAUAGUGCAAUGACAGGAAGUGCAUUUAUAAAGCAACAUGACAAUAUUGAGCUUAUAGUUCUCUAUUAUUAUUAUUAUUGUGUUCAUAUAUUUUUUAAACAAAGAAUAUAUGGUUAUAGUGCAGUAGUUCUAGCUGGUGUAUCUCACACGAUUUGACCACUUUUCCUUAUAUGGAACAAAAUAAAAAAAGCGUUUCUUCCAUUUCAGUGUGGUGAGGAAGAGCUGCAGAGGGUUUAACCUCCUCACACAUGGCAAUAAGUGACACAGAACGCAAUAAUCCAUUCAUUCUCUCUCCAAAGUCACUUUUAGUUAAAUUCGUCUGAUAAAACAGAAGAGCCGGUUUACCGUCCACUCCGUCUCCUCUGGCUGUCCCUAAUAGAGCCCUGCUCCCUGUCCCCUACCAACAGUGCUUUAUUGUAUUCUUUCACUACUAGGAUUUAUUGUGGGAUUUCUCUCUCUCUCUCUCUCUCUCUCUCUCUCUCUCUCUCUCUCCACAUGUUCAUCAGGCUUGAUAUAAAAUUCUGUAAUAAUAAGAAUUUCUUGCAUAGCAGUAGCCUGGUGUCUCUAGCCUCUAGGGAUUAAACGCACCCAUGAUGCACUCUGAUUGAUGUGUAAGGAGUAGGGGAUAGAAAAGGGUGGAAUAUGGUGAAGGACACUGCAUCUACUGUUGAGGAGAUGAAAUAGCUUCAUGUGAAGACUCCUGUAUUAGUCCUCCACUAAUUAUUGUUGUACGUAUGUGUGAUCUGAUAUCGGGUUCCUCUGGGUCCCGUCUCAUGUUUUUAAUCGUCCCUGCUUGCUGCCCUCUCUCUCUCUCUCCCUCUCUCUCUCCCCCCUCCUUUAUCGCUCUAUCUGUGUGGUUCUGCGUGUGUACUUAACGUCCUCGGCGUACACCCGGCCGCACACCUCGGCGUGAUCUGAGCCAACACCGCACUCAGUGUGACGUGCUUUUAAUGUUCCUUUUUACUCGUCGUCUGUUUCCCGAUGUUCUGUGUUCAUGCAAGCAGAAACAUGAUCAGUAUUAAUCUUUUUAUUCGUUUUUAAUUUACUAUUCGGUAUGGAUUAAAAGAGCCCAGGCUCUGUUCCUGUUUAACAUGGAGCUGCUUUUGAAACGUCUCUGUACGUGUUUGUUUCUGUGCGUGUUUGUGUGUGGAGGUGAAGAUGGGGACACGUUACACACCCCACUGAUGAGAAAGCAAUACCUGCUCUAAAGAGCCCAGGCCUGGUUGUCUCUGAUGUAUUUCAGCGUGCUCUGAAAGAUCAUUUAUGCACUCACUAAUUUUCCAAACCUCAUGCCAUGGAUGUGUAAAAACAAACACACACACACACACACACACACACACUCCCUGUACCUGAAUAUGUUCUGACAUGAUUACACACAGACUUUGUGUUCUCGCUCUCACUCAAACUCUGGAACCUGUGCAAACUUUGAUCAUCACGACACUCGCCGUCCCUUCAGAAAGACUGAACGAUGUGGAAACACGGCUGACCGGACUGUUAUUUCUGCACACUUCCACACCGGGACUUUCUCCGAGCCUGAUGCUGAGGCAGGACGUUCGGCUCGGAGCAACACACACGGACUGGAAUGUGUUUUUGUGCAGGAGGACAAAAAAAAUGUGAAUUCUGUUUUUCAGGCAAUACAAUCAUUGGCCCAAA